GUUUUAACGAUUGUGAUUUGAGUAUAUGACCUGGUAUACUUAUUACGAGGAUAAUUUCAUUGGAGACACACCCACUGCCUGCUACACACUAUUUAAGGGUCAUUCUCAUGAAAAGAGAUUCCAGGGGGGUGUUGAGCAUAAUUUGCAUGGACAGGACGGAUUAUCCUGACAACAUGUCCGGAAGAUCACCUGGAGGAUGAUCUUGCUUUUCAUCCUCAUUUAACCCCCACUUUUCACACCAGGCAAGACUUUGAGGAUUUUAUAAAAGGCCGUCCCAUCUGUGUUUGGCCAGUCAGGCUGCUCAUUGACUUCACCAGGGCACCGUGCAAGAAUAAGGCCACUAAGGGCGCAACCAUGGACGCAUGGGCUGUUCAAUUCGGGAACCUCUCCAAAAUCAGCCCCUUCGAGGGCCCACAGUACCAUCUGGCCCCCAAGUGGGCUUUCUACCUGCAGGCAGCUUUCAUGGGCUUUGUAUUUUUCGUGGGCGUACCUCUGAACGCCGUUGUCCUUUUCGUUACAAUGAAGUACAAGAAACUCCGACAGCCUCUCAACUACAUUCUGGUGAACAUCUCCCUAGGAGGCUUCAUUUUUGACACUUUCUCCGUAAGCCAAGUAUUCCUCUCUGCUCUCAGAGGUUAUUUCUUUCUGGGUCAUACAUUGUGUGCGAUGGAAUCUGCAAUGGGAUCAAUUGCGGGUCUUGUGACGGGAUGGUCUCUGGCGGUUCUGGCGUUCGAGAGAUACGUGGUUAUCUGCAAACCCUUUGGAAGCUUCAAGUUCGGACAAAGCCAGGCCGUCGGAGCCGUGGUGUUCACCUGGAUCAUAGGUAUUGGUUGUGCCACUCCUCCGUUCUGGGGAUGGAGCAGAUACAUUCCCGAGGGUAUCGGCACCUCCUGCGGACCUGACUGGUACACAAAAAGCGAGGAGUACAAUUCGGAGAGCUACACUUACUUCCUCUUGGUCACGUGCUUCAUCAUGCCAAUGACCAUCAUCAUCUUUUCUUACUCACAGCUCCUGGGAGCCCUCCGUGCUGUUGCAGCCCAGCAGGCCGAGUCAGCCUCCACCCAAAAGGCCGAGAAGGAAGUGUCCAGGAUGGUUGUUGUGAUGGUUGGCUCUUUCAUAGUUUGCUAUGGCCCUUAUGCCAUCACAGCCAUGUGGUUUGCCAACGCUGACGAAUCAAACAAGGAUUACCGUAUGGUGGCCAUCCCUGCUUUGUUCUCAAAGAGCUCCUGUGUGUACAACCCCCUAAUCUAUGCUUUCAUGAACAAACAGUUCAAUGCCUGCAUCAUGGAGACUGUAUUUGGCAAGAAGAUUGAUGAGGGCUCAGAGGUUUCCAGCAAGACCGAAACCUCCUCUGUGUCUGCAUAAAUUAUUCCACAACCUAUUUACAACCUGUCUGGACCUGUUUUCCUGUUAUCCCUUCUCCUGAUUGUUCAAAUCCUGCACCUUUACACCUUGUCGAGGGCCGAGGGAGUCCUUUUGUCCUGAAGACACAGCCUGCUGGAUGGCCAAACCAGAGGGCGGUAUCCUACCAUCCUUUCUGUGCAGAACUGGAAUCUUCAAAAUAUUACGAUUUUAUUUUUUUGUAAUGAAAAACAUUGCUGUUUUAUGUUAAAACAAUGCAUUAUGCAUUGGUGAUGAAGUAGAAUAUUUAAUUUUCAACUUGCAAAAGAAAAUCUAAAAAAAAAAAAAAAAAGAAUAACAAAAUAAAUAAACAUGAGAAAUCCUCGAAUGUGAAUGGACUUGUGCAAACUGAAAAUGGAAAUUCCUGAUUUUGUUUUUAAAAUGCCCUUUGACUACAUUUUUAAUAGUAGCAAUAAUAAUUUCUAUCACAAUGAGAUCUUACCAAUCCCAUACCAAUCAAAACUGCUUGUUUCGGUAAAAUAGCACAGCGCAACAAAGCGGUUCACUCUCGUCUUCUCUAAAGAACUUACUAAAGCCCAGCUUUCUGGCUGGAUUAGCCAAGAUAUACAAGAUCACAAAAGAAUUAUCCAAGUCCAUCCGCUUGUUUGCAGCUGAGGAACCGUUCACUGGAAGUUUGCUGGUAACAAAUCACUGGCUUCAUGACGUUGGAUCUCUAAUAUCUGUACCUAUAUUACUUCUGUACAUGUUUUGUU